ACUUGAACACCAUCUAUAUAUCCAAUGAGCAACAAAGCAAAAAACUUCAUUGCACUUACAAUAAAUCAAUAUAUGAAGAUGAAAGAAGCAAUGUUAUGUUCACUAAUUGUUCUAGGAUUUGUAGGAUUUGUGACUAUGGAAAAUACUAUCCCUUUGAAGUCACUUAUUUGCUAUCAAGCCCAAGAUUUAUUAUCACCAUGCCAACCAUUUUUGUUGGGUUGUUGUGAUAAUAUUACAGCAGAGUGUUGUCAAGGUUCUCAAAUUUUGGCUAGUCUUGUGAAAAACAGUACAAUUGAUGAUAUUAGAGAUUUAUGCAAGUGUCUUCAGAAAACUGGGAAUUUUUUUAGUAUUAAUGUUAAAAAGGGAAGAAAACUUUUCAAGGUUUGUAAGAUCAAGAGAGUUCCUAUUGGUCCAAAAGUGGAUUGUGACAGUAUUUGACAAUAUGGACUCGCAAAGAAGCCUCUCACAAAUUGAGAUUUGAGAAGAAAGUUAAUUAAGUUCUACUGUUACUUAUAUGUCAAAUGUAUUAUAUUAAUUACGUAAACAUAUUUCCUUCCUACUCUUGCUUUAGCUUAAGUUUUGUAUCUUAAUUGACGUGUGGGUUAAGACUUGACGACUCUAUUAUCAGUGCUAUUAUAUAUGAAAUGUAACAUAUUAAACAAUAUUUGUAUGUACUAAUAAAUUGCUAUAGAUGGAUCAUUA